CUAGCUCUAGCCACAACCUGCGAGUCCCAGACUUCAGAGGAGCGCCUCGGAGAGCUCUGAACGGGUACAAGCGUGGCAGACGGAGGAGACCAGUGCCCAGCCUGAGCAUACCACGACUUAAAGGUUCUGAGCUGCAGUUUGCAGUGGCUGAGAUGAGAAAAAAGUGGAAAAUGGGAGACAUGAAAUAUAUAUUUCCAUUGUUGUUCUUUCUUUUCCUAGAAGGAAGUGAAACAGAGCAAGUAAAACAUUCAGAGACAUAUUGUGUGUUUCAAGACAAGAAGUACAGAGUGGGUGAGAAAUGGCAUCCUUACCUGGAACCUUAUGGGUUGGUUUACUGUGUGAACUGCAUCUGCUCAGAGAAUGGCAAUGUGCUUUGCAGCCGAGUCAGAUGUCCAAGUCUUCAUUGCCUCUCACCUGUGCACAUUCCUCAUUUGUGCUGUCCCCGUUGUCCAGAAGACUCUUUACCUCCAGUGAACAAUAAGGUGACCAGCAAGUCAUGUGAAUACAAUGGGACUACUUACCAACAUGGAGAGCUGUUCAUGGCUGAAGGGCUCUUUCAGAAUCGGCAACCUAAUCAAUGCACCCAGUGCAGCUGUUCGGAGGGCAAUGUAUAUUGUGGUCUCAAGACUUGCCCCAAAUUGACCUGUGCAUUCCCAGUCUCUGUUCCAGAUUCCUGCUGCCGAGUAUGCAGAGGGGAUGGAGAACUGUCAUGGGAACAUUCUGAUGGUGAUAUCUUCCGGCAGCCGGCCAACAGAGAAGCAAGACAUUCUUAUCCCCGUUCUCACUAUGAUCCUCCACCAAGCCGACAGGCUGGAGGUCUUCCCCGUUUUCCUGGAGCCAGAAGUCACUGGGGAGCUCUUCUGGAUUCUCAACAAGCAUCGGGGACGAUUGUGCAGAUUGUCAUCAAUAACAAGCACAAGCAUGGACAAGUGUGUGUUUCCAAUGGAAAAACCUAUUCUCAUGGCGAGUCCUGGCACCCAAAUCUCAGGGCAUUUGGUAUUGUGGAAUGUGUGCUGUGCACUUGUAAUGUCACCAAGCAAGAGUGUAAGAAAAUUCACUGCCCCAAUCGAUAUCCCUGCAAGUAUCCUCAAAAAAUAGAUGGAAAGUGCUGCAAGGUGUGUCCAGGUAAAAAGGCAAAAGAAGAACUUCCAAGCCAAAACUUUGACAGUAAAGGUUACUUUUGUGGAGAAGAAACAAUGCCUGUGUAUGAAUCUGUAUUUAUGGAAGAUGGGGAGACUACUAGAAAAAUAGCACUGGAGACUGAGAGACCGCCUCAAGUAGAGGUCCAUGUUUGGACCAUUCGAAAAGGCAUCCUCCAGCACUUCCACAUUGAGAAGAUCUCCAAGCGGAUGUUUGAAGAAUUCCAUCACUUCAAACUGGUGACCCGGACAACACUGAGCCAGUGGAAGAUCUUCACUGAAGGAGAGGCUCAGAUCAGCCAGAUGUGUUCAAAUCGUGUGUGCAGAACAGAGCUUGAAGAUUUGGUCAAGGUUUUGUACCUGGAGAGAUCUGAAAAGGGCCACUGUUAAGAGAAAUAGUGAGGAUUGGAUAGUGUCAAGCAAGAAAACUCAAGCUGCAGCUGGACUGCCGCCUCAUUUUGCUUAACUCAACAGUGCUCUAAAACCCCAAACUCAAAUGCAGUCAAUUAUUCACGCCAGGCACAGCAAAACUUGCUUCUCCAUGUGUAGUUGUGUGCCAACCCUCAAACAUCUCCUCUAAAGAAACUAGAAGAGCUUGAAGGAUUUGUGGAGGGAGGAGAGAAAGCACACCCUAAUAUAACUCUAGUUGCUUUGAGAAUCACAAUUCUUUACAUGUAAAAAUGCAAAGAAAACACCAGGGUUUCAAUCUAGAAAGCUGCUCACAUGAAAGAGAGGGAGUAACUUAGGUCGAAUUGUGUCAUAUUGAGCAAUUAUUUGUAUGAAGUACUCUUUGAAUGCUAGAGUGUCUUUUGCUCAUUAUAAACAACUCUAGGUGGAGAUAUAGAUCCAUGGUAGACCACUUACCUAGCAUGCAUGAAACCUUGGGUUCCACUACAAAAAUGAACUCCUCAUCUUCAUAUGCACAUACAUACACAUGAAACCUCAGACUCCACUCUGCCCUUCUUUCUUGAUUCUUGCUCUCAAGUACCAUGAAGGUUAUUGGUACUUAGAACAAGUAGAAAAUUAUAAGCAGAAGGCUCUGUCUUUAAGCCAUUAAAGUAGUUUUUGAAGUAAUCAAUUACCAUGACAGGGUGAAGAAUAGGGGCACUAUUCCAUGGUCUCAUUCACUUUGAAGUGGCAAAUAAUUUUUUCUUAUGAUACCCUUUCUCUUUCCUCCCUGAACCUGUAGAGCAUCCAUAAGUUUAGUUAGAAGUUAGAAUUGAGUAAAGUUUUCUGAAACUGAAUCCAUACAAAGCAAAAUAAUUGUUAAAGAAAGCAAUUGAUAAAAGUCAAACCAACCAACUUUUUGUUUGCACGGAAUAAAAAUUCACUAGCUAAUAAGUCAUUACGAAUUUUCUCCAGGCCACCAUUGUCAAAUCAGAACUUUUAGCUACAAUUAAUAGAUUCUCCUUAAAAGGGCAGCUUUCCUUCUUUGAGUACAAGAGUUGACUUUUUCACUUUUCAAAGAGGCUCAAUCCUCCUGUGCUUCUGAAUGUUGGCUCUUCAGAAUCUGGGCUCAUUUAGGGAGCUGAGGCUUCUGUGAUGUUCUUUAUCCUAAACUUUACUACUAUACUUGCCUUGUCUGCAAGCAUGGAUGUGCAUCAGGGAUCCUAAAGAAGGCUGCUCCUCGAUUGUCUAUUUGCAGUCCAAUACCACAACAUAAAUUAUCCAUUCUGAGGACUGGCUUUAGAAUUCAUCUUUGUGGGAAAACUGUAAGUUCUUUGCAGCAAGAAUCUUAGUAUGCUUUCUGGAUUUGUACCCCUCUGAGAGCCAUGAAUGAGUUCUCAUGAGUACUUAGAAAUAUUAAGGAGCCAGCAUUCCCAUAUCUCCCACAUUAAGACCACAACAGGUGAGAGAACUUGUUUUUCCUUAUUAUAUGUAAUGCCAGUAGGAAAAAUAUGAAAAUUCUAGACUUUAUGGAAACCCAAACCUGAAAUAGAAGAAUCUAUUCCCAGGAAAGAGACACAAGGGCUUUGGAACUAGUGCUUUACAAGACACGCUUCAUGCCAGCCCAUCACAUACAUUCUCCUCUGAAGAGGGGUGUUGGACAUCCUAGACUAAAAGCAUAAAAAAAAUUAAACAUUAUAUGUGUGAUUGGUGGGGUCAGGGUUAGUAAGCUGCUGCCUCUCUCAGAAGAAGUCCAAUUUCCAUAAUGUGGAAACUAGUAACCAGAUCCUCAAACAAACUGAUGAUUCCCCUUCUACUUCUAGAUGAUUCACCCCAAAGCCUUCCCAGCUUGGUGCUCUCUGAAAGCUUAGUCUCAAGUGUACCACCAGAGAGCUUUCUUCAAUAGACUCCUGCAUCCAGGUGCAGGGGUACACCUUUCCAAAUGGCUGUGGGAAGGAGUAGCUGGAGAGUUGUGGUAAGUCAGGGCAUAGGACAUAGGGGGAAGAGGCCAAACAGCCUGUAGCUAGUAGAGAAGAAUGGAUGUGGUACUUUUUGUGUAUUUAUUUGUAUCAUAAGCACUUGGGACAACAAAGAUCAUAAGCACCAUUUUGCAGUUGUAGCCAUUUUCUAGUUAGCUCAUGUAAGCAGGUAUGAGUAACAUAACAGUAUUACCCUUUCACUCAUCUCACAGGACAUGUACUGAAAUAUGGUACUUAUUUCUGUAGUCACUGUGUUACUGGAUUUUUAAGUUAAUAAAAUUUUAAUUUUGAGAAACCA